AUGUCAAUAAGAUCUCCAAUACUAUCAGCCACUCAGUCUAAGGCAGGAUCUGGGAUUCAUCCCAUUAAAUCCCGGGUUCAUGUUGAUGAUUUAAACAUUCAAUCAAUAAUGUCCAAUCAAGAUAUUACUAUCAACGUUGAUCAUGUAAUUAACGAUGAUGAAGCCAUGAUCUUAGCACUUGGUUAUAAACAAGAAUUUAAAAGAGAAUUUUCCUUAUGGUCAAUUUUUGCAGUAUCUUUUUCAGUUUUAGGAUUACUUCCAUCUAUUGCUUCGACGUUUGAUUAUCAACAGUUAGUGAUUGGAAUAAGUCCAAUUCCAUGGUUAAUUGCAAUUAUAUUUAUUACAUCCGUGGCAUUAAGUAUGGCCGAGAUUGCAUCAGCAUUCCCAACAUCAGCAGGGACCCCUUAUGCCGUUUCACAAUUAAGUCCACCUAAAUAUUCAGCUUUACUCACAUGGUUAACAUGUUUCUCAAAUUGGUUAUGUCAAAUUACUGCAGCUCCUUCAGUGAAUUAUUCUGGUGCAAGUAUGAUUUUAGCCUUGGCUAGUUAUAAUUCUAAAACUGGAUAUUCUCCCACUGCAGGUCAAACUUAUGGAUUAGCAACGGCCAUACAAAUUACCCAUGGUAUCAUUAGUUCAUUACCAACAAAAUGGUUGGCUUAUUUUAAUGGUGCUGGUACCGGGGUCAAUAUGGUUUUUUUGGUGAUUGUUUUUGUAAUGAUUCUUGCUGGUAAUGAAAGAACUCAAAUUUCUGAACACUUGGUUAAAGAUUUAUCUAAAUUUAACGAUAAUUCAACGGCUUGGUCUUUAUAUAACCAAACUGAAUUUCCAACUGGUAUUGCAAUGUUAACUUCAUUCUUGGGAGUUAUUUGGGCAAUGUCUGGUUACGAUAGUCCAUUUCAUUUAUCGGAAGAAUGUAGCAACGCUAGCGUUGCUGCUCCAAGAGCCAUUGUUAUGACUUCUACAUUUGGUGGGUUGAUUGGUUGGUUAUUCAUGUUGGCUAUUGCUUAUACCACGGUUGAUUUAGAUGAAAUUUCUGCUGAUCCACAAGGUUUGGGCCAACCAUUUGUAAGUUUUUUAGCACAAAUUUUAAAAUCAAAAUUACUCAAUGCUGCAAUUGCAUUAACCAUAAUAAGUUCAUAUUUCAUGGGGGAAUCUUGUAUGUUGGCUGCAAGUAGAGUCACCUAUGCUUAUAGCCGUGAUAAUUUAUUCCCAUUAUCGAAAUAUUGGAAAAAAGUUAAUCCCCUUACUCAAACUCCAGUUAAUGCCGUUUGGAUUAAUCUAUUAUUAGGUCAGUUAUUCCUUUUACUUUUGUUUGCCGGUGAUACCGCCAUUGGGGCAAUUUUCUCCGUGGGUGGGAUUAGUGGUUUUGUUUCCUUCACCAUGCCUACCCUUUUAAAGAUUACUUAUGCUAGAUCUUUUUUCAAACCUGGUCCCUGGAAUUUGGGCCGUUGGUCUCAGCCAAUUGGCUACGUUUCAGUGGCUUUUGUCACCGUGAUGAUCCCCAUUCUUUGUUUCCCUACUGUCAGGGGUAAAGACUUGACCCCAGAUCAAAUGAACUGGACCGUUUUGGUUUACUUUGGCCCAAUGCUAAUGGCCUUAAUUUGGUUUUUGGUCGAUGCUCAUAAGUGGUACGAAGGGCCAAAGAGUAACUUGGACCCUGGUGACUUGCAAGUGGGUUCAGUAGAGGAAGACGAGAAAUACGACGUGAUACUAGGGGUCGCCAGUAAUGAAAACACCGAAAAAUCAGAAAAUUUCAAUAGUGCUAUUGAUGGAGAGCUGGCAGCCAAUAAUGGGAGUCCGCCAUUCAUUAGUUUCCAAUUUGCUACGGUUGAUAAAGAAGGAUACCCCCAUAAUAGAACGUUGGUUUAUAGAGGGUUUCUAUUUGACGAUAAGAGUACCAAUGUGAUUACAUUCACCACAGAUAAAAGAAUGGAUAAAUAUAACGAGCUAAAGGCUAAUGAUAAGUUUGAAGCGGUGUUUUAUUUUGGGAAAUUGAAGAAACAAUUCAGAUUGAGAGGACGAGCCAGGAUUAUUGACGAUAAUUAUAAGCCAGAGAUUGAUUUGUCUAGUAUACAGCCCAAGACCAUUUUACAAAACAAUAUUAAUAGUGGGAGUAGUAGUAGCAGUGAUGAGGACGAAGAAGAAGAAGAGGAAGAAUUAUCAAUCAAAGUAUCACCGUCAACAUCGAGAUCAUCAAGUGAAAUAUAUAAAGGUGUUGAAAUACAAAAACAACCAAUCAAUUACCCAUUGAUUCUGCCUAGACUAGCAUUACAAAUACAACAAGAUAAUCAUAAUUUACAAAUAUCAUAUACAAAUUUACAAGAUUUAUCCAAUCUAGACUAUCAACCACCAACUAAUCAAGAAUGGGAACAGGAAAUCAAAAGACAGUGGUUUAACUUAUCCAAGAACUUGAAAAGCACUUUCCGAAAACCAAUGCCAAAGACCAAAAUGACAUUGGAAAAUCAAAAACUAAUUGAUAAAAUCAGCAGAGGGGUUGACGGUAAAAAGGAAGAAAGCGGCUUGUCCAAUUUCUCCUGUGUUGGUUUAUUCAUCGAUUACGUUGAUUUUGUCGAAAUUGAAAAGGAUAGAAGGUAUAUUUAUAAAAAAGACGACCACCAUUAUUGGAGUGAAGAGGAAGUUUGUCCGUAA